CGCCCCCUCACCCCCUCCCUUCUAAGAGAUGUUUGGAGAGUGCAAAAGCAACCCUUUUGUGGUGUGAAGCUAGGUCAGGACGUGGCCUAGUAAAGCUGUAAAACAAAGCAAGUCAUGUCUGAGCCAUGAGAAAUACUAGGUAUGGGGCAAUCGGUAAAAAAAAAAAAAAAUGUCUCUCUUAGGUACCCGUUACUAUCUGUGUCCUCAAGACUCUUUUGAGAACAUGAUGUCAGGUGAUAGUAGUAAUACGAAUAGAUAAUUUUGCCCAUCUUUUCUAGGAGUUGAGAGACGUAACUCAUCCUAGAAAAGACAGGCAAAAUGAUCUAUUCAGGCAGUCAGUAAAAAAAAAAAAAAAAAAUUCUCAUUGGGUCACUUGAGCUUGGUAAAGUCACUUUGCUUGACUCUUGAUAGAUUUGAAGGUUUUUAAUUGUUUUUUCCCCACCUACGGAACAGCUGCACUGUUUUCCUAAGUAAUCCUUUUGUAAGUAACUUGCUUAUUAACGUCUUGGUUACUUCCAGGAUUGUGAAAAGAUAUGUGGAUGUGUUUGGUUUUGAGUGCAAUCCUUUACUGUUAUUUUAACAAACCUGGGUUAACCAAAACGCAAAUCGGAGGACUUGUCCAGUGUUGGAGGAGGUGAUUUUAAUAGUAAUCACAUUUAAAAGCAUGAGAUUUAAAAAUUAAGUAUUUAAACAAUGUUUUCUGCAGAACAUCAGUACUGGAAUGGCCGUAGCUGGAAUCAUUUUAUUUGCAAGGAGUAUUAAAUUGACAACUAAAUUUACAAGUGCUUUGGAUAUACCAGUAGAAUUUAUAGAAAAGAAUGUGAAACUACGGGGAAGAUUACGUCACAUAACAGAGAAGGGAUUAGAAGUUGAACAUAUUCCAAUCAGCCUUCCUUUCAUGUCCUCGUUACAGAGAAAAUGGCAAUCAAAUGGCCUUUUGCUGGUCAGACUUGCAGGAGUGGAACUGACGCCAAGUGGUAUGGUCUGGUUGCAAGAAGAGUUAAAACCGUCACAAAUGAUGUGGUUUCAGCUUCUUGGACGGGAUAAUUUGGUGCUUGAUUGCCUUGUUUCAAUUAAUAAGAGUAGAUUUUUCAGCAUAUGCUUAAAUGAAGAGGUUUUGAAGCAAGGGCUUGGCAAAACAACACGUAUUGAAGGACUGCAUCAUGGCUCUCAACUCUAUUGGAAACUUCACAAAAGAUUUCUUCGAGCAGAACUAACGGCAGUGAAGAAAAAUAAAGGAAUAUGGAAAGAAAGUAGUAACCUUGAAAAAAUCAGAGAUCAAAUAAGUAGUAAUAAAUUUGUACAGAUGUUAAAACAAUUUGCAGACUGGUUAAGAAGCCAUAUUUAAAAUAUUACACAGGAAGAACCAGUUGGGAAAAUGCCAGUAGGAUAUUGAUCAAAGUCCGUUUUGUAGGUAUAAAUGCAACACAGAAGCUUAUGAGAGAAAACUUAUUCUCUAUUUUUUGAGGCUUCUUCCCCAAUUAAAAAAACCAAAAUAAUUUAAGUAACCUCACCUGAAAAGACAUUUCUAUAAUGUUUUGUAUAAGAUUAAAGUUCAAUGUAAAGAUAUUUGUUAAAGUGUUUUUUAGGUCAAGAUUAAAAACAAACAAACAAAACUUCCUUUAGACUGUUAGGUCAGAUUUUCAAAGGUACUAGACUUCUGCACAGGUGCAAUAGUCUUAGUGGAAUUUGUAGAAGAUUACAAAUACAAGAUAUUUCAGAAAUAUUAGUGCAUACUAUACUCCUUAAUUACACAACAGUGAAAUAGAUUUGGAAAAAGAGUCUACCUGAAAAGUGAAAUUUAGUUCUAAGUAACUCUUGACAAUACUACUUUUUGCUUUUUUGCAUUUGUGUUGCACAUGAGCAUUUGCCUGAGUCCCGCACAAGAGAACAUAUGCCCAUUUUGUAUUAUUUGUGUAUUUUUUUAAAUAUGUACAUAUUGAAUAACUAGUUAUACUAUAUUGUUAAUAGAAAUGUGACGACAGCUUUUCUUAAAAAGAAGUAAAAAAGCUUCUACCUCAAGACUUGUAAAAACUUAACUUGGAAGCAGAAUUAUGAGCAGAAGUUAGUAUAUCAGUGGACUACUUGUUAAACUGUUUCUUUACUUUUAGCACAGCAGGUUAAACUGUUAGUUACAGCAUUUACAGCUUGUAAAUAAGGAAAGAGAACUAGCUAUCUUUUCUUUCUGUUUCAGCUAUGAAAGCACACACAAUUUUAAUUUAGCUCCUCAACUAUCUCAUCACUCAAAUAAGAUUUUGAAACUCAAGUUUAAAAGGUCAGAGUAUAAAAAUGCCUUAAAUUGAAAAUUCCUGAUCUAUAUCUAUAGACUUUAAAAAAAAAAUACAAUAUAUUGAAAGUGUAUGUUAAGUAUAUCACUGAAGGUAUCAUAAGUGUAUUUGAAAAUAUGUCGGAAUGAAGUUUUGGGUAUAGUGUUAUGAUUAUUGUUUUACACUCAAGUUCAUAGGUCUGUGUUCAUCCAUGAUAUUAAAUAACAUACAAUAAGCUUCUUAUUCUUCUCCAUUCUUACAUUUAACUACAAUUUCUUUAAACUUGAGAUUUGUUUUGUUAACAUGUUGCUAUUCCAAAUAAUAAAUAUUUAAAUUAAAACAUACAAAGCAAAUCUUUUAAACUCUUUCCUUCCUUACUUUUCCAUGUGGUUUCUUGCUAUUCAAAUAUUGGGAAUGAGUAGUAUAAAUGCUAGUUAGCUAGCUAAGCUUUAUUCCUCUUAAACUUGGCUGCUAUCAUGCCAUCCUUUUCCCCUGGCUAGAAAGCAGUUACAGCUUUACAGCUGCUGAAGAAGCAUCCUGUGGUAGCUUCAAUAAUUAGCUAGCAAUUUCUACAGAAGGCUUAAAUAUGGGGGGAAAGUAAGGUAUAGCCAAAAAAUCCCCACCAUUUUUCUUUCAAUAUUUAGCAUAUGUGAGGUUUUUAUGAUCCUGAUUACUAGUUUUCUUUUGUCUAGAACUGGCAAAUUAGUGUUAGCAUAGGAUACAUUCUGUUUCAGAGCAGGAUAGGCUGGUAAUUCCAGGAUAUAUAUAGAGAAAAAAAAGACCCAACUUUUUCUUUAAAUCUUGUCAUUUUAGCUGUUACUUGAAAUGUGGCAUGUUCAUGUAAAAUAAAAGAUUGCAGUAUACCUGAUAGGUUGAAUGGGACUUGAAAUAGUAUAUUGUAUGUAUAUUUGGCAAAAUUCUAUGUAUAUUUGGCAAAAUUCUGUUCUAAAAAAAACCCAAUAUAAAUUGCUGUGCUUGAGCUUUAAUAUUUGUGACUUUUUCCCUGGGACAUAUUACUUCAGCUUUCCUAUUUUUGGAGAUCGUGCUUGUGUUAGAAUGAAUUGUAAAGGAAUUUGUAUUGGUUGAACAUUCAAACAGAGGUAGGAAUAUAAAUAUAGCCAUAAAUACUAUAUAACCUGCUUUCUAUGCCCAAUUUUCUGA